UAUGCAGAGGGCGUUAUUUUUCGACGCAAACAUUCAUGACCUAUCGAGAUCCAUAAGAUCAAAGUUUUACAGCAUUUUCGAAUUUUUAAUACUGUUACGUAUAUUAUUACGUAUAUCUUCUCACUGCCUUAGAUCAUGUCAAAGAGCAAAAUUCAACAUCAAGUUGACAAUGGUAUUGUAGCUGUUAAGAGUAAGUUUGAUGCUGACAUUAUAAGAUUCUCAGUUAGAAGAAAUGAGCCUAUCAGUUAUGAAGAUUUUAGAAAACUAUUAGCAGAACGUCAUGAUAUUGGUCCUGAAUUAAACUUUCUUAUUUGGUAUACGGAUCCAACAGAUGGAGAUUUACUGCCAAUUAACAAUGAUAACAAUUUGGCCAGAGCAUUACUUGCUGCAAAGCCACUUCUUAGAAUAUUCAUACAGAGGAAAGGUGAUGGAUUGGAAGAUAUAAAUGGAUAUGGUACAAUGAAACCAAAAAAUUUAAUUUCAAGUAUACUUGGUGGUACUCCUGGUAAACCAAAGUCUUUGGCAAUAUCAAAUCCACAUGAUUUUCGACAGGUAUCUGCGAUCAUUGAUGUGGAUAUAUUACCUGAAACUUGUCGCCGUGUUCGACUUUUAAAGCAUGGAUCAGAUAAACCGCUAGGUUUCUAUAUUAAAGAUGGCGAAAGUUUUCGAAUAUUACCACCAUCAGCUGGAGGUGGAAUUGAAAAAGUACCAGGUGUCUUUAUUAGUAGAUUAGUACCAGGUGGUUUAGCAGAAAGCACUGGUCUGUUAGCAGUAAAUGAUGAAGUAUUAGAAGUUAAUGGAAUAGAAGUUGCUGGAAAAACUCUUGAUCAGGUCACGGAUAUGAUGAUAGCAAAUUCUUCAAACCUUAUAAUAACAGUUAAACCUGCCAAUCAACGAGCUGCUCUUGCAGCACCACGACGUGGUUCCUUUUCACGUAAUAGCCAAUUAUCAUCAGGAAGUCAUCAGUCAACGCAAAGUGCAGCUACUGGCAGUGAUGAAGAUGCAGAUGAAAUUUUAGAUUUAACAGGUGUCACACUUCAUGAUGAGGCAGCAACAUCUGUAUCUCAACAUCAUCAUUUCCAUCAACAUCAUCAUCAUCAAAAUCAUUUCAAUCACGACCAGGGUGUUUUGCAUCUGUAGAUAAAAGGUAAACUAAAAAUUGAAUUAUAUUAUUUCAAAAGAUUAGCAUGCAUGAUAUGAAAGUAUUGAGGUAUAUUACUGUCAUGAACAGAAUUGUAUAUUUUGUGUGCUCUGUUGUCCUAAAUUUAUGUAUUAUUUUAUAUUAUUCUAUUAUAUAAUUCAUUUGCUAUUUCUAAUGAUAGUAACGAAAUUUUAAUAUUUCCUUGAUUCUAAAUAUUCAAUAUUUGCUUAUAUGAAAGAUUAAAAAAAGAAUCACUCAAUGAAACAUAUAGUAUAGAUAAAUAAUAUUAUUGACAAUAAAAGCAGCUAAGUAAUUAUAAAAACAGUUUUGUAUAAUAUUACCAUUUUUAUCAAAACUGUUUUUAUAUAUUUUGAAUAAUAAUCUAUAUAUGACAGCUAUGAAACUAUAUUGAAAAUUAGAAAAUAAUAUAAGAAAAUAUUUUUUACACGCAAAUGUCUUUCAAAAAAAUAAACAUUUUUGUAAUUUAAUAAUAGCUUAGCUUUAUAUAUAUACAGUCAGGGACAAAAAUAAGUCAACAGGUAUUGGAAGUAGAUAAUGAUGACAUUUAAUUGAAUUAACAUGAAUGUUAUAUACUUAAGUUUUAUUUAUUAUGUAUCCUUAUAGGAUAUACUAUAUACGGGAUUAUUAUUCAAUAACUAAUUGAAAUUCAUAUUUAUAUUUUGGUGUAAACAAGUUGUAUUUAACGAAAAUGUCAGCUAUUUGUCAAGAGAUAGAAGUAUUUACACUUAUUUUUAUCUCUUGGCAAAUAGCUGACAUUUUUGCUAAAUACGAUUUGUUUAUACAAAAAUGUACAUUUGAAUUUCAAUUAGUUACUGAAUAAUAUAUACUACAAAAAUACAUAAUAAAUAAAACUUAACUGUAUAACUUCAUCAUUAACUAUUUCCAGUACAUAUUUACUUAUUUUUGUCUCUGACUGUAUAUAUGAACAAUCGAGGUGAUGUAUAAAAAUUCCUAUUUUAAAUUAAAGAAAAUAAAUUCUAAGCAAACACACAAAUAUUCAUUGCUUUUUUGAUACAUAGCAAGUAAAUAUAAUUAGCAUAGUACUUUAUAAAAUCCAUUAGAAUAUAAAUAUACAUUAUAAUGAACAGAUAUCAAAUUUACACUUAUAUCAAUUAAAAAGAUUAAUUUAUUAUAAAAUAUUACCAUGACAUAAAAACAAAGUUAAAGCAAUAUUAUUCAAGAACUAUCUUUUUGCUAUUUCUAUUAUUUCAUAAAUUUUUAAAAAGUGCCUGAUUACUAUUAAGAAACUAAUAGAUUUUUCAUUUUAUUCUAAUAUCUAAUAAAACAUAAAAUACAAUAUAUAUAUAUAUAUAUAUAUAUAUAUAUAUAUAUAUAUAAAAUAUCUACUAAUAAAGAAGGUUGUGAUAUAAAAAUAGUAAUCAAAGAAAAAAAUGUAUUGCAAGUGCAAGAAUAUAUAUUGUUAUGUGUUCCUUAGAAUUUGUUUAUACUCAUUAGAAAGAUUUAUUACAUAAAUGCACACGAACUAAUUAAAAGGAAAUAUAAAAUAAUAAAGAGUAAAACACAAAAUAUGCAAUUCAUUUUUAUGCAUGUCACAUCAUACUCUCAUUCAUGUUAAUCAGUCAUACAAGUAUUAGAACUUUAAUGAUGUACUUAAUCAUUUGAUGCUACUUAAAAAGUAGAUCAAUAUGAGGAAAAUUUAAAUUUCUUUUUUAUAGAAGUACUUAGUUUUACUAAAUUAUAUUUUAUAGCAUAACUUAGACGAUGCAAUGGAAAAAGACACUCAUAAAUAUUGGUAUUGAUUGUAUUGUAAUAAUUUGCUUGCUUUUAAGAAUAUUUACUUGUAUAUAAUGCAAAAAAUUAAAUUCAAUAAUUUAAAUUAUCAUUAUGUGUAAAAGAGGUCUUUAUAUAAUAACAGAAUUGUAAAUAAUUGAUUAUCAACUGGUAUACUAAUAAAAAACAUACAGAGGGAGCAUAUUUUUAAUCAGACAAAUAGGUGUACUGUAACAGAGUGGCCUUAAAUGUAAAUCAUUCCAAAUAUCAUUUUUUACAUGAAUAUAUUGAAUAUUAUGGGAUAUCAAUACACGCCUAUUCGUGUAUCUACUCUGUUUAUUCUACAACAUGUUGAAAGUGUUGAAGUUUUUGAAUUUUAAUUCCAUUUUUAUGAAUGUUAUUUAUUAUCUAAUUGAGAGUUAGGUAUGAGCUAUAAUGUAUUGUAUAAUUAGUAGGCAUAAAAAUUAUGAAACAUGGCAAAUUAAGAACUUGUGCAUAUAAAAUAUCAUGUGCUCUUCCAUUAUUUCCUCAUCAAUUAAAAAGUAAUAGUGUGAAUAAUAUCACAUUCCACUUCUUUAGUACAAUGGAGCACAUAUUUCAUCACUACAAAAAAAGUAUUUUAUACAUUCGAUAAACCAACUUUUUUUUCUUGUUUAGAUGUAUAAAUAAGUAAAUUACAAAAAUUAUAUUCAGUGCUUGUU